AUGCCAGUCGUUCUCGCUCGGACUCUUCCACGAAAGACUCUUCACAGUGGUCGCAUUGUACAUCGACGUAUCGAGGCUCUCGCACGUCCUGUCGUUAGCACCAUAGCGGUGGAAGACGGUGAGGCCGACGUUGGAGUCGUUCACGUUGCAGGCUGGGACUGCUUCGCUGAAGAGGCGCAGGUCCCACUUUUGAAACGUAAGUCGGGCGUGACCUACGCUUCUAUAUGCGAGGAUUUCCCGGGUGUUGAGGCUUGGGAGGGCGGUGGCUGUUGA